AUGCGUUUUCUAUGCACUGUCGCACUAUUGUUGUUUAUCAGUGCCGCUUUUGCUCAAUCUGCACCAUCAAAGGCGUAUGAAAAUGCUCACAUCAGAGUGAAACGUCGUCAUCACCAUCACCACGGGUGGGGCGGUCUAUAUGGCAUGAUGGGUGGGUGGGGUGGUCCAUAUGGCGGGAUGGGUGGAUGGGGCGGUCAAUAUAGCAUGGGGGGAUGGGGCGGUCCAUAUGGCAUGGGUGGAUGGGGAUGGGGACGUUAA